GUAAAACAAACUAUGCUAAAUCUCGUAUAUCGUUGUUAUAUACGCAUAUGUAUGUUUGGUAUUUGCUAACACCACUAAAUUUGUUUCGUUAUUAUCUUACUGCACCAUCGAUCUAAUGUCUAAACAUGAAAAUUAAUAAUAUAGUUUACUGCUCUAAAUAAGACGUUGGCUCCAAAUAAGAAUAUAAAAUGUGCUUGUUAGAUUUAUGUGUUAAUUAUUUUUUUAAAUAGCAUGAUCAAAAUAUGAUAUAUAAAUUGUAAAAUUUGCCUAACGGAUAGUUUUUAACCACUAUGUCAUUUCCUGUGAGUCAUAAAACUAUUUUUGUGCUGGAUCAUGGCCCGAAUUUCCUUGGUUCCUGUCACCAGAACAUGGAAUUCGAUAUAUUCACGAAGACCAGACAACCGGGUAUUAUACCUCUGGCUCCGUUGUCAAAAUCAUUGUGGACUUGUUCUGUAGAAGCUGCUAUUGAAUACUGUAGAAUUGUUUGGGAUAUUUUUCCUACUGAAAAGCUGAUUCGAUUCAUUGUCAGCGAUAAUUCAUCUAUGACUUUGAAUUCGUGGUCUCAAGAUCAACAGAAUUUGAAUCAUUUAAUGGCUGCACUUGCUGAUGUAGGGCCUCCUAAGUCAACUAAUAAAGAUAGCAAUGUGAUCCAUGGUCUAAAUGCUGCCAUCAAAGCUCUGUGCGAGUGCAGUGAAAUUCAACAUCAAAAACGAACAUCUCUGACAGAAAAUGCUGGCAAGGUAGUGAAUAGGGGCAGAGUUAUUUGUUUCACCAAUGUGAAAAGUGAUCUGGAAGUAAAUUCGCUACUAGAAUGUUUUGAAGAAACCUUAAUAGAGCAGAAUAAAUUGGCAUCUAGUUCUGACAGUUUAAUGACUAUUCAGCAUUGUGAACUAGUAAUGAUGCAUGUAUAUCCUGUUAACAAAGAAAGUUGUAUUGCUCAUCAACCUAAAAAAAUGGUUUCUCCCAUCUUAAGCACAGAAAUCCACAAUGUCAAGUCAGGCCGACAUUUAGCUGCAAAGUUGGGCAUUUUAGUUCAACAGCAUUACAAUUUGGCUUCUACAACAGUUACUGGCAUACCAAUGAAAGAAGAACAAAAUGCAAGUUCAUCUGCAAAUUAUGAUGUGGAAUUGCUCCAUCCUGCUGCAGCACAUGCUGAAGUUUUCAAAACAGGAGUUGUAAAUGCUGAAGGUGUUCAUAUUACAGCUGUCAAAGAAGGUCAACUAUAUGAAACUGUAACGUUAAAGUGGUGUACUCCGAGAUCCAGCUCUGUUGAAUUGCAGUAUUGUACUUGUGCUUUUCGGAUCACACCUGUGGAUGUGAAUAACAGGCCAUCAUCAUGUUUAACAAACUUUUUAUUGAAUGGGCGAGCAGUGAUGUUAGAAAUGCCACGAAAAUCGGGAUCCAAGGUUUUAUCUCAUAUGCUUGCAAGCCAUGGAGGAGAGAUUUUUAUUCACACAUUAGGAACAGGAAGAUCAAUUUUGGAAGAUCCACCAUCGAUUAGUGAAGGUUGUGGUGGUCGUGUGACAGAUUAUAGAAUAAAUGAUUUUGGGGAAUUUAUGAAGCAGAAUCGAUUAGUUCCACAUCCUCCUAAAAAGGAUGUUGUUGAAUUCCCGAUUGAAAAAGCAAAGAAAAUGUUAGCCAGAUUGACACUGUAUUGGCCUAUGGUUAUCAGUCAUACAACUAUAUUUAAUAUGACAUCUCAAUUGUCACCUUUACUUGAGUUGAUAACAAAAGAAAUUCUAGAUAACAACGAAGUUACUGAGUGUAAAAAAGUGAUUUAUUAUCUUGUAAAUUAUGAAAGCAAAGGGACUUCCCUUCCUGUUCCUGCUGUGGGGACUAGAGGGAAAGGGCCAAAAAGAGAAGAACAGUACAGGUUGAUGUGGAAUGAACUUGAAGCCUUUGUACGCUGUCAUUGCAUCACCCUAGAGCAUAAAAGUGUGUUGGAAUGUUUACUUGAAUGUAGAAAACCAAAUACUGAUGGAGAAGGGGCAGCUUCAAUUGCAAGUGUAAAGCUGCAGCUUGGAGCUCAAAGUCCAUCACAUUCACCAAGCAAAAAAAUGGAGAAAACUGUUAGAGAUGAAAAGAUUGAUAUUAAUAAAUUUGAUCCUGAUGAAUGUAAAGCAGCAGAUAGGCUAAAAGGAUUUGAUAUUCAAAGUGAUAAUUCGUAUAAUAAAUUUCCACCAGUCAAAAAAAUGAAAUUGAACUUAGAUUCAUUGAAAGCUCCACGAACACAAUCGCUUUUGUCAUUGUGGACUGCUAGAAUAAAUUCAGAGCAUGAAAAACAUCAUGUGGAAUUUGCUGGCAGAGUUGCUGGUAAUGGGCCUGCUAAAUUAUAUCCAAACAUGAAAUGUGAAGGGAAUGGUGAUGGAUGAUUUCAUCUAGAAUUAAUUUGGGGAAAAUGAGUCAUCUGCUGAUUAAAAUUGUUGUAUAUGAUGGCAAGAUUGCAUUCGUCUGUUCUUUGCUCAACAUCUAGAUCUGUUGUAUCAUUUUGUACAUACUAUGUAUUUUUACAAAUAAACUUAAGCUUGAUAAGGUU